CCUACCUCACCAUAGCCACGUUGGACUAUGAUCUGUCAUUUACAACUUAAACUUAAAUCAUAUGUCACAUAUCUGUCCACACAUCCACCCCUACACACACACACACACACACAGAACCAGGUGCCCCUGAGGCAGGGACAGGGGUCUCACUGUCCCCAUGCCAUUGGGGACCCUCUCCAAGCACACAUGUAGCUCAUUCACAGGGCCAGCCAGUUUACUAAGCACACGCAGCAAUUUUAGGCCUGAAAACAUGUGCCGAGAGAGAGAGAGAGAGAGAGAGAGAGGAGAAAAAGGGAUGGUGAAAAGAAAGUGAAGGCAUACACACCCUCUCCUGUAACUGUGCCAGCAGCAGGGUCUGCCCGGCAGCAGCCACCCCGAGGGAGGACCUGUCUCAUUACUAUGGGGAUGGAUUAGGAGGGAGUGCAGCUUGGCCUUCUGCCUGCAGCCUGUCCAUCUUGUGUUUCUUUUACUGAAUAAAGAAAUCAGCUCCUUCUCCCUAGGAAGCUACUGUGGAAAAAAACAGGCAACAACUUGAGUCCCUCCAAAAUGUGAGGACAGCAUGCAGGAGGUCCCCGCGCUAGCUGCCUGCACCUGCUCACCUCAUCCCUCCGGACUCGCGAUAACCAGCGCACUGCGGCCGGGGUCAAAGGUGCUGGGGUCAUGUUAAAGGCACUGCGGCCGGGGUCAAAGGUGCUGGGGUCAUGUUAAAGGCACUGCGGCCGGGGUCAAAGGUGCUGGGGUCAUGUUAAAGGCACUGUGGUCGGGUCAAACGCACUGUGUUCGGGUCAAAGGCGCUGUGGUCGGGUCAAAGGCGCUGUGGUCGGGUCAAAGGCGCUGUGGUCGGGUCAAAGGCGCUGUGGUCGGGUCAAAGGCGCUGUGGUCGGGUCAAAGGCGCUGUGGUCGGGUCAAAGGCGCUGUGGUCGGGUCAAAGGCGCUGUGGUCGGGUCAAAGGCGCUGUGGUCGGGUCAAAGGCGCUGUGGUCGGGUCAAAGGCGCUGUGGUCGGGUCAAAGGCGCUGUGGUCGGGUCAAAGGCGCUGUGGUCGGGUCAAAGGCGCUGUGGUCGGGUCAAAGGCGCUGUGGUCGGGUCAAAGGCGCUGUGGUCGGGUCAAAGGCGCUGUGGUCGGGUCAAAGGCGCUGUGGUCGGGUCAAAGGCGCUGUGGUCGGGUCAAAGGCGCUGUGGUCGGGUCAAAGGCGCUGUGGUCGGGUCAAAGGCGCUGUGGUCGGGUCAAAGGCGCUGUGGUCGGGUCAAAGGCGCUGUGGUCGGGUCAAAGGCGCUGUGGUCGGGUCAAAGGCGCUGUGGUCGGGUCAAAGGCGCUGUGGUCGGGUCAAAGGCGCUGUGGUCGGGUCAAAGGCGCUGUGGUCGGGUCAAAGGCGCUGUGGUCGGGUCAAAGGCGCUGUGGUCGGGUCAAAGGCGCUGUGGUCGGGUCAAAGGCGCUGUGGUCGGGUCAAAGGCGCUGUGGUCGGGUCAAAGGCGCUGUGGUCGGGUCAAAGGCGCUGUGGUCGGGUCAAAGGCGCUGUGGUCGGGUCAAAGGCGCUGUGGUCGGGUCAAAGGCGCUGUGGUCGGGUCAAAGGCGCUGUGGUCGGGUCAAAGGCGCUGUGUUCGGGUCAAAGGCGCUGUGGUCGGGUCAAAGGCGCUGUGGUCGGGUCAAAGGCGCUGUGGUCGGGUCAAAGGCGCUGUGCUUGGGGGUCGGAUGCUGUGAAGCUCAGGCCGGAACCAGUGUGGACCCUGCUGUUUAUGCUUCAGCAAAAAAAACCCUCCUAACUCGCCAUCCCCUGACCCUCAGCAAGCACCAGCCCCAGAGCAGCUCACCAGGAGGCCAGGUUCUCGGUGGCCUGGGAACAGGUGUCCACAGUGCUGAGCUGGGCCUGAGCACCAGAGGCCUCUCUCCGCCACGGCAGGAACGAGCCAGACGUGCGGGGCCUCGGGGUGCAGGCGGUAGGAUCUGCUCCUGCUCCUGGGCCCAGGCAUCUGUCCUGCUCAGCCGCAUCCUCACCCCCGGGAGCAGAGGGGUCUGCCCUGUGCAGGUGAAAGUCCCAACCUCCCACCCCCACGUUCUCCGUGGCCAACAGAACUGGAGUGACAUGAUUUUUCUGACAAGUGGACAAAGACAGGGACCCUCUCUGAGGGGCUAGGGCCAGCCCUUCCCACCCGUCCAGGCCUGCGCUCGCUCCCCUGGGCCACAGGCACUGCCAGGACCUGCUUAAAUCUUAGCUCCUCAUCUGGAUCUUCUGCUGAUUUCAUUGUCAUCUUCGAGGACUCAGAAGUGCAUGGGCACGUCAGGUCCUGGGAACCCUCACCCCCACGCUCAAACCCCGUCCUGUGCUGACCUCUCAGAGCCAUGAGCACCAGGCCAUGUGCAGCCUCUCCCUCUUACCCUCGGGUUAUUUUAGUUCAGCCUCAUCUUGCUUGAACUACUGCCUCUUGGAUUGAAUGCCUCUAGUGACGGGGAACUCAUCACCUCCUCUGGCAAUCUAGCCCAUUUAGGAACAAGAUAAGGAAGAACUUACAAGUAGACUCACCCAAUGUCAGUGUUCUUAUGA